AAACCAAUUGGACGCGGUGGGCACAUCAACGGGGACCGAGUAUGCUCGUCUUCUCUCUACUUCGUUUGUAUUAUUUGGCCACUCACAGACCACUGAACAUGCAAGCCCAUCCCCUACGUCUCCAUCACUAUUGUUGACACCGCAGAAUAGUACACAAAUUUGGCAGGCUAUCUCUGAAGAGCAUUAUUGGAUCCAUAACUAUAUGUUUCUUGUUCAUGUGUCCAUGCCGGCAACUGCCUUCACUCUUACACACACAAACAUUUUAUGGCUGCGGGCACGGCAUGCAAAGUUUUCUGUCUGUUUCUACUUUGAAUAUUCUCUUUGCUCAUUAUAUGCUCAUCUUUGAGUUAAAAGACUUGUGUAUGAAGCUAUGCUCAUCAGGAUCUUAAUCUCUGUUCUCCUUGUGAGUCUACUGGCUGUAGUAGUUCCUUCGACCAGUGAUGGAAGUUUUCUGUACCAUGGAUUCCAUGGUUCAGGGCUUCGCCUCGACGGUAACUCUGUGAUCGAACAAAAUGGCAUCUUGAGGCUCACAAAUCUGACGAAGGAGGCAAUUGGGCAUGCGUUUUUCCCUAUUCCGUUCAGUUUUAUCAAUUCCUCGAGCGGUAAUCCUCUAUCUUUCUCCACGUCCUUUGUGUUUGCUAUUGUGCCGCAGUACCAAGAUGUUAGUGCUCAUGGUCUAGCUUUCGUGAUCUCUCCUUCGAAGGAGAUCGUUGGAGCUGGCCCUAGCCAGUAUCUAGGCCUGUUCAAUCUGACGAGCAAUGGCAAUUCGUCCAACCACAUUGUUGCAGUUGAGCUUGACACUGUACAAACCUUUGAUUACAAUGACAUCAACGAUAACCAUGUCGGUAUUGAUAUCAACAGUCUGCAUUCGAUUGACUCUGCUCCUGUAUCUUUUGUCUCCGAUUCUGAUGGCGGGUUGAGGAAUCUAAGCCUAAUAAGUGGUGAGCCUAUGAAGCUGUGGGUAGAUUAUGACGGUGAAGCGAUGAGACUCGAUGUGACUUUAUCACCUAUAGAUGUUAGUAAGCCUCGUUCUCCUCUCUUGUCAUCUACAGCUAAUCUUUCUUCGGUCUUGCUCGAUAAAAUGUACGUGGGUUUCUCUGCCUCCACCGGUGCAGCUGCUGGAAGCCACUACGUUUUAGGAUGGAGUUUCAGCUUGAACGGAAAAGCUCAAGAGCUUGAUGUCUCAAAGCUUCCAUCUUUGCCUAAUACUGAUGAAGUGAUUGAAAAAGAGCCUCGUAUUUUGACUACUGUAUUGCCCAUUGCCGCUUCAGUGGUGUUGGCAGUGAUUAUUGUAUACAUCCUGAUUGUGUUAUUUAAGAAGAAGAAAUUUUCAGAGCAGCAAGAAGAUUGGGAGGUUGAGUAUGGACCUCAUCGAUUCUGCUACAAAGAUCUACACAAAGCCACCAAAGGCUUCAGAGAUGAGAAUCUCCUCGGAGCUGGAGGUUUCGGUGGUGUCUUCAAAGGGGUUCUACCAAAAUCCAACGUUGAAGUUGCAGUGAAGAGGAUAUCUGAGGGAUCGAGGCAAGGCAUGAAAGAAUUUGUAGCAGAAAUCGCGAGCAUGGGCCGUGUCAGACAUCGAAACUUAGUCCAACUGCUCGGUUACGGCAGGCAUCACAGCGAGCUGCUAUUAGUCUACGACUUCAUGCCCAAUGGAAGCCUCGACAAAUACCUCUUUAAUCGUCCAGAGGUAAUGCUCAACUGGAACCAGCGGUUCACGAUAAUCAAAGGCAUCGCCGCAGGACUACGCUACCUGCACGAAGAAUGGGAGCAAGUGAUCCUUCACAGAGACAUCAAAGCGAGCAAUGUGCUUCUUGACCGAGAAUUCAAUGGGAAAUUGGGGGAUUUUGGGCUCGCCAGGCUCCACAACCACGGGUCAAAUCCUGAAACAACGCACAUAGUUGGUACACUGGGGUAUCUUGCGCCUGAACUCGCAAGAACUGGGAAAGCAACGACAAACUCUGAUGUGUAUGCUUUCGGUGCAUUUUUACUGGAAGUUGCAUGUGGAAGGAGACCAGUUGAGCUUAAAACGUCAGGGCUUGAGUUGAUUCUCGUUGAUUGGGUUCUCGAUCUCUUGAAGAAAAGGUCGAUCAUCGAGGCUAGAGAUCGAAGAUUGGGCGAUGAGUUUGUAACCGAAGAGGUUGAGCUUGUGUUGAAGCUUGGGCUUGUUUGUUCACAUCCAAUGCCGACGGCUAGGCCGGGUAUGAGGCAAAUUGUGCAGUUUUUGGAGCGGGAAGCGGAGUUACCGGAGUUGUCGGAAGAUGACUUUCAGUUGUUUGAUUCAAUUGCAAGGAAAAUCAAUGCAAGUGAUGAGUGUACAGGUUCAUCGAUGUGCAGCCUUUCUGUAUCGGAUACUAUUUUCUCUGGGGAAGGGAGAUGAUUGUGUGGGAGUAAGUAGAUUUUUUUUUUUUUUUUUGAGGUAGUCGUUUUUAUUUCUGUAGAUAGAUGUUUUUUUAACUUCAUUUUUAGUGGCAUUUAUUUAUAUUAAAAUUGUAGUGGAUGUGUUUGGAUGUUAUUGUUGGCAAAGUGUUGUGUUUUCAAUAUUGUGGUAGAUUCUUGAUUAUGGUCGUUGAAGUGACAAUAUCUUGUUUA